AGUUAGCUGAUGCGUGAAAGGUCAGGUAGGAGUUCGAGUUGCUAAAGAUGGAUAAGCGUACUAUCUGGGUACUAUCGGGUUUGAAUAAAGAAGUGGUUGGAGUGGCAUUUAGAUGGACGACUGGAACAUCGAUGGUCAGGAGGAUGUGCUCGCAGGAGGGUCGGAAACCCUCGACGAAAUGAUGGACUCAUUGGCAAGUGGAUUAGAUGCAUUCUCCGCAACAAACUUUCUGGAAAGAGACAUUGGUCGAGGGGUCCAGAUAGUUCCAUGCACACUGGGCGGAUUAUUGGAGCAACGUGAGAAAGAGCAGAAAACGAUCCAGAAAAAGAUACUGAAAGUAACGCCGAGGGAUGGAAGGGAGUUAUCGAACACUGUGUCCUUGAAGAAAGUAACCUUCGAUGUAGAGAAAUUUGCCGCUGAUGAAUGUGGUGAUGCAGAGGAACGUGGUGAGGCUAGGGCUCGAUUAGCCUUGAAACUCGGAGCACUACCGUCAAAAAAUAAUUAUUUUAAUUAUAAGCAACUCAAAGAGGAACUAAAUGUGAAAAAAAAUUUAGAAAUCGAAUUUGAUAGGCUAUCAGCUUUGAAGUCUUUAAAGAAAUUAUCAAUGAAAAAGAAAGAGGACAUGUGGAAGGAGGGUAGUAAAUCGUCAGAAAGCAAAAGUAAUGGCGACAAAACAAGCGAUGAACGCAAAAGUGGCGAUGUUGUUGAAAGAAGUGAUGAAGAUUCGCGUUCAGGAUCACCUUCGGAGGCAUCUAGAUCUCGUUCACGUGAUCGCAGGCAUUCGAGUUCAUGCUCUCGUAGUCGUUCGAAAAGUCGUUUAAGGUCAAGUCGUCGUUCACGGUCUCCACGAUAUCGCCGCAGUAGUUAUGAUGAUCGUAGAUACACAUUUUCUCGACGCGAUGAACCAGAACCAUCUCGAUGUCUCGGCGUUUUUGGCUUGUCUCUUUAUACAACCGAACGUGACCUCAAAGAAUUAUUCUCGCAGUAUGGAGAUUUGGAUAAUGUUCAAUUGGUAUUUGAUCAUCCAACUGGACGUUCGCGCGGUUUUGGCUUUGUUUAUUUCAAAAAAAUCGAAGAUGCCAUAGAAGCAAAAGAGCGAGUAGCCGGUACAGAAAUCGACGGCCAUAAAAUUCGAAUCGAUUAUUCGAUAACGAAACGACCCCAUACACCAACACCCGGUAUUUAUAUGGGAGCUGUAGAUUCGCGUCGACGUGGACCACCACGAUCAUAUCGUCGGAGUCCGUCGCCAUAUCGCAGUUACAGACGAUAUCGAGAUAGUCCACCAAACAGAUAUUACACCAGAGGAUAUGAUUACGACGAUUAUGAUCGUUAUUCGCCACCGUAUCGCGAUCGCUAUAGACGUAGUCCGUCCCCUCGUUAUUAUGAUGACCGCCAUCGGAGGCGUUCUCGAUCUUACGACCGUGACAGGGACUAUUAUUGAUUAUUAUUUGCACAGAGUCUUCUCCAAUGAAAGCAAAUAUUUUUUUUUUUUUUAAACUAAAUUAGCAGUUGUUUUUUUCCUUUUGAUUUAUCUUUAUUGUUUGGUUUGUGCGAUCUAAUUGUUUCCCCUACUGAUCAUCGUAUUAUCGAAUCAUCUGAUUGUAAAGGAUAAUGUUACUUUUUCCAAAAAAAAUUCUUUGUUGCAGUUCGCUGCAAGCCAGAGUGAAAUGAUGAUAAAUGAAGAAAGUGAAAUGAAGAACUUUGAAGAACACAAAUAAUUCUGAUGAUGAAGAAAGAAUGAAGAUGAGGAAAAACAGAAGAGCCCUGGGAUUAUUUUUCGUUUGAAGAGAGAAAAUUUUAUAUGAAGAGAGAAAAAAAGGUGAGCGUUAUUGCUUGCUUAAAUUCAAAUUUCAGCUUCCACCAUAGCAAAAGUUCUUUCUUUUGAAAAAUGGACGUUGAAAUAAACAUGUUCAGGUAAUCCUUGUAUUCAGUGUUCCUAGGUGUUAUUACGCAUCACACGUGGUUCAGUUCUUGAAUACGAAUCGGCGUGUUUAUGGAUUAUUUGUAUCGAAUGACAUUAAAAAAAAUGUGUUGUGUGUCUUCAUAGUACAUUAAACAGUAUGCCA